UGUCCACCCACAGGUCUGGGCACCCCCUUUGAUCUGGAAGGAGACCCAGUGGGCUCUAGCGGCAUACUGCUGUCCUGGAAAAUGCCUGAUACCACCAACGUUGACUAUUAUGUCAUCAGGUAUAAAGAAGUAUGUCCCUAUAUUGAUGUCAACUUCAUUCAGGUCAACGUUCAUGUUGAGAUGGAACCUCUUGAGACUCUUAUUAAUUCCUUUACUUCAGGCUCUACAUAUCAUAUUCAGGUGGCAGCUGCAUACCCAUCUGGAAUUGGACCAUACAGUAAAGCUUUAUAUAUACAGACAAAUGAAUCUCCUCCGGGCCAAGUCACAAACUUAACGGCGUAUGUUCAAAACCACACGUAUGCCAUUGUUACAUGGUUCCUGCCGCAUCGCAUCAACGGCCUCAUCACGAAGUUCGCUAUCAAGGUUAAACAUACCCGUACGGCUGAGACGGUCCACGAGCAGGAGGUCAACGCAGGGGACAUCAUGUCCAUUGCACUACCUCAUUGCAAUGAUGCAGCUGACAUCCUAUCUCGCGCAACUCUGAGUCCGUUGGAGAUGACGGCAUCGGCUCCACCCAUCACCCUUUCCGCUGUGCCGCCGGCUGCCUCCUGGAGUGUGCCCAUAUCAGUAGGGGUUGAUGGGCUUCGACCUUACACUGCAUAUCUAUUUGAAGUGUCCGCAUUCACUUCUGACGGAGAAGGACAGAUAGCCUCUCAAAUGACCCGCACACCAGAGUCAGCCCCAGAAGACUCACCCCAAAACUUCAAAGUACGAAAUGUGACUUCAAGGUCUAUCUCUGUGUCGUGGAAUUCUCCCAACAUUAUCACAGGAAAAUUUACCUACGUGCUCUAUAUUUAUGGAUCAACAGGCUCCAGUUAUGAAAAUAGCACAGCGGAUAUGCAAUUUACCUUUACCGGUUUGACUCCUUACAUGAGGUACACAGUGGCUGUACGUGCAAAAUCAGCUGGGGAGGUUGGUCCAGCUGCACAGGAUAACACAACUACCCUUGCUGAAGCACCCAGUGCUGUGCAAGAACUCAGUGCAAUGGCAGAGGAUUCCGUUUCUAUACUUGUGAGUUGGAAAAGCCCUGCUCAGCCAAAUGGUCCAAUCACCCAGUACAGACUACAGGUGUUUGCAGAUGACACUCUGGUGCAGGACAUCACCCUCACCACAGGAAAUAUAACUGAUUCUUACCAAGAAUGGACUGCUGCUCCAGAUGUUUCCAACGGUCCAGCAGGUGGACGACGGAAAAGAUCAGCUGACCUUAGUGCGUUCACAUCGCCCACCGCUUUUAUAGGCACCCUCUCUGACCGCAGUCUGCCGACGGACUCGACUAUGUUGAGCUUUAAGUACACAGAUGACGUCACGGGAACCGACCGAGAACCUACGGUUGAUUACGUGGGCAGUGAGAUGCCGGUGACACGCGCCUUUUCCGUUACAUGGGUGCCACCUGCUACAUCUUUACAUUUGACAAGUCAAACACCACCAGGGGACAUGACUUCAGACUCUUCAUCCUUGACCCAGACCGCAAGCCAGGUUCACAUUUCUACACAAGAUGCGCGCCGUUCAACGCGCAGUGCUACUGCUUAUGGUGUAACAGGUGUGACAGUAAGAGAGGAGGUGAUGAAUGUUUUUACGGAGGAUUUGUCCUACUUGGUUUCUGAGCUUAAUCCUUUCACUGAAUACACGUUCAGAGUCACUGCUUCUACCACUGUGGGAGAAGGCCCUGUCGCAAAUGUCACAGAGAAAACCAGGGAGCAGGUGCCCAGUUCGGUGCUACAAGUGACAUAUCAGAACAUAAGCUCCACCUCUAUACAAGUGAACUGGGUUCCGCCCCUAAACCCAAAUGGCCAGAUCACACACUACACUGUCUAUGGACUCAAACUGCAUAAUAAACAGCCACUCCAAUGGAUGUCUAACACCACCAACAUAUUGAUAACAGAUUUGGAGAAGUACACUGGUUAUAAGCUCCGUGUUGCUGCAUCUACAGCUGCUGGAGAGAGUUCUCUCUCCGAGGAAGAUGACAUUUUUGUCUUCACCUUAGAAGACGAGCCUGACUCUCCCCCUUAUAACCUUACCGUGUUGGAGACCAGCCCCUCCACCGUUACACUCACCUGGUCUGCACCAGAACGUGCCAACGGUGACAUAAAGCAGUACGAGGUUCUGUAUGGGAACGAAUCCUACUCUGCCGUCUUGAACUCAUCCGCAAACGCUGCCACGUUGACCGGUUUGAGGCCGUUUUCUUACUAUAACGUUUCCGUGAGGGCGUACACGCGGUACGGACAUGGCAACCAAACCUCAGACAUUUUGUACUUGCUAUCAGGAGAGGAUGUUCCAGGAAGCCCUCCCUACGGACUCUCGUACAACCCAGUUAGUCCCAGCGAGGUGAACGUGACCUGGGAGCCUCCUCUACUUCCUAACGGCGUCAUCGUCCAUUACAGCCUGGAGCUUUGGAAUUCCAGCCACCUUAUUAACCUCACCUCACCCGCCAACUACAUCCACAUCACCCACCUACGGAAGUUUGCGCAGUAUUGGGCCACAGUGCAGGCGCACACACGUGCCGGGCCAGGAAACAGCAGCGAUCUAUUAAACAUCACCACGUUGGAAGACGCUCCAGACUCACCUCCACAGUUGCUGCAGGCCAGAAAACUCUCAGAGUUUGAGAUCAAUUUGUCCUGGAAACCACCGCUUGAGGCCAAUUCAGACAUACUACACUAUAAUGUCAGAGUUUGGAAUGAAACAAUGGAACUGGAAGAGAACGUGACAAAGACGUCACUAAUUGUAACUCUGGAUGCAGAAAGUUACUACAAUGCAUCUGUGUCCACAUGGACUAACCUGGGAGACGGAGGUCUGAGGAGCUACAUCAGCUUUACCACUGCAGACACAGUGCCUUUGGAUCCUCCUCAAAAUGUGUCUGUUAUUAACAUGACCAUCUCCUCCAUUACUCUGCGGUGGAAGUCACCCACAGAACCCCGUGGCAUUGUUACACAUUACACUAUUUACUACAUGACCGACACCACUGUGACUGAACAGAGAGUUCCUGUUUCAGACUUGCCCGUGCCUGCCUCCCCUGAUUCUUUCUUCUACUACACUCUAAACGGACUGGUUGGUGGAACUCAGUACACACUUUGGAUGACAUCGAGCACAAUUGAUGGGGAUGGAGGAGUCCAGAGUGAACCUAUUAGCCUAAGCUUACCUGAGGAUGUACCCAGCGGUUCGGUUCAAAACCUGACAGCCGCAAUUUACAGCUCUACGACUGUUGUCGUUAGCUGGGACCCUCCCCUGGAACCAAACGGUCAGCCGUACUACCUGAUCACCUUACAGGAGGCCGGCGUUCCGCCAGACAUAUCAGGCCAAGGGACUCCUGCUGCUAACAAGACCAUCAAACAGACAACUACAGACAACGUUGUCCUGUUCACCAAAUUAAGGAAGUACUUUCCUUACGUGGUCACUGUUAUCCCCGCCACUAGUGCUGGUGCGGCCUACAACCACACCAGUACUUUGAACCUAAGGACUGAUGAAGACAUUCCCAGUUCUGCACCAGUGCUUGUAUCGACAACGAACCUGUCAUCGUCCUCUAUCGCCGUGGUGUGGCAGCGACCUCUGGAGGCCAACGGGGAAAUCACAGAGUAUACCGUUAAUCUGUCCGGUCCGGGUGGCUCGAACUCAUCACAAACUUCAAGCAACUCGGUCAUAUUUACCAACCUUUUACCAUACACACCCUACAACCUGACCAUUACGGCAGCAACGCGUAAAGGCUCUGGGCACCAGGGCCUGUUGCUGCAGCUGCACACCGACGAAGACGAACCCAUGUCUCCGCCGCGUAACCUCAUGAUAUACAACUACACGGCUGUGUCUGUAUGGCUCCGGUGGGAGCCCCCCCUGCAGCCCAGUGGUGUAAUACUGCAGUACAGCUUCCGGGUUAGAGACCUCAUCACACACAGUGUCACAUAUCAGAACUCCUCUGAUCCAUCCACCACAGCCUAUCUGUCUGGUUUCAGGCCUCAUAGCUCCUAUGAGAUAAGUGUUUACAGUUACACCAGUGUAGGCCAUGGAAAUCAGUUCAGCAGACCCGUGACCUUCACUACCAACGAGUCAGUGUCGGAUCCAAUUGGAAACCUCUCUUGCUCCGGGUUGAGCUGGGAUUCAAUUUUUUUGUCCUGGGAAGUUCCAGCCAACCCUAACGGGCAAAUCGUUUAUUAUGAGAUUACAGUAGGCAUAGGACUGGAGUUCUUCGAAUAUCAGUCUCCCUCAACGGAGCACGUGGUGACAGGCUUGUUACCAGACAAUUGGUACACACUCACUGUUUCUGCAGUCAACUCUGCAGGACCUGGUGACAAAGUGAACUGCUCGGCUUCUACUCUUUCUGAAUCAGCUCCGGCUGCACCUCAGUUCCUCACCAUCACCAAGGUGACAUCCAGUAAUGUGACAAUUCUCUGGGCUCCGCCACUCUCCAUACCAGGCCUGCUGACAGAAGUGGCAGCUGUGACUAGCGCCGGAGUGGGAGAAUACACGUACUGGAGUUAUGUGCGCACAGAUCUGGGAGAUCCUGACGAUCCACCCCGUAACCUUAAAGUAACCCCCACCUCUAGAAGCUUUCACAUUGCAUGGGACGCUCCAACUGUUCUCUCUGGCCCAACGUCAUAUCUGGUGCAGGUGUACGGUCCUGGUUUGAACAUGACAACAGUCCGUGCCCCUGGAGAGCCGAUGACCAUUGUUGUUACAAACUUGACUCCUUUUACUCGGUACCGCGUGACCAUCACUGCUUUCACUGGGCCGCUGGUUCUAGCCACCAUUAAUGGGAAAGCUAUUGGACCCAAUGAAUACCAAACACUGGAGGAGGAGCCUAAAAACCCUCCCACAAAUGUGGUUAUAUUAAUUAUUCCCGAGGAGGUGAACCGUGUGAGGGUGACCUUCACACCCCCAGACGAGCCCUAUGGAAACAUCACAGCUUACUUUGUGCACGUCUACGAAAAGCAGCAACUGGUGAAGAAUGAUAGCCUGAUUAUCGCUCGAGGGGAGAACAGCACGUUGACGGCUGUCAUUGAGGGCUUGAAGGGAGGGAAAAACUACAGCAUACAGAUUUCAGCAAAAAAUGGAGUUGGUAUGAGUCCACCUAGUUCAGAUGUCCAGAUCAGCACAGAUAUCAAAGCACCAGCCAAACCAUAUCAAAUACCUCAAGUCCAACUGACCCCCGGGGGUGUUGCCAUGGUAACCCACAGGACUAUCACAAUCCGCCUUCCUGCUUGUUUCUACAAUGACGAUAAUGGACCAAUCGUAAAGAUCCAAGUUAUCGUGGCAGAGUCAGGAGUGAAAGACGUUCAAAAUGUGACCGUGUGGAAGAACGCAUUCUUGGGUCAUCCUGCCCCCUACCUGACUGAUGAGGGAUUUCCGAAUCCAGUCUGUUUAUUUGAGGACGAUAUGUUGCGCCGGGGAGCACAGGUCCGAGUUUAUAACAGGCAGAAUCACACCAGGGCCAGGACGUACGUGAUUGGAGAGAACGACAGCUGCGUUAAGGAGAACAACACUCGGCAUUUUUGCAACGGUCCCCUUAAGCCAAACACAGCAUAUGUGUUCAAGUUCAGAGCCACCAACACAAAGGGCCAAUAUACAGACUCGGAGUACUCGGACCACAUCAGAACUAAAGACGAAGGUCUGCUGACCAGAGAUGAACAGAUCAUUCUCGGUGUUCUGCUGUCCUUUUUCCUGGCAGUGUUACUUAUCACCAUCAUCUGUGUUGCGGUCAAGGUCCAUCAGCAUAAGAUGGAUGGAGGCACAUAUUCACCCAGAGAAGUAGAAAUCAUAGAUGCUAAAUAUAAACUGGAUCAACUGGCUGCUGUGGCAGAUCUGGAGGUAAAACAGGAAAAGAUCAAUCGGUACUCUUCCUUCUUCUUUAGACGAAAGGAGAUUUACGUCAUUCAACUUCUGAGCUACAGGAAGUCUCUCAAGCCCAUCAGCAAGAAGUCUUUUCUGCAGCAUGUGGAGGAUCUGUGCGCCAAUGACAACGCCAAGUUCCAGGAAGAAUUUGCUGCGCUCCCAAAGCUUCUGCAGGACCUGGCGACCACAGACGCUGACCUCCCCUGGAACAAAUCCAAAAACCGAUUCCCUAACAUAAGGCCCUACAACAACAACCGCGUGAAACUACUGUCGGAACCGGGCACUGCAGGCUCAGACUAUAUCAAUGCUAGCUUUGUCUCGGGCUACUUGUGUCCCAAUGAGUUCAUAGCUACUCAGGGCCCUUUGCCUGGUACAGUGGCUGACUUUUGGAGGAUGAUCUGGGAAACAGGGACGCGCACCGUCGCCAUGCUUACGCAGUGUUUCGAAAAAGGCAAAAUUCGCUGUCACAAGUAUUGGCCUGAAGACAACAAGCCGAUGUCCGUGUUUAGCGACAUUCUCAUAUCAAAAGUGUCUGAAGAAGUCUUUCCGGACUGGAGCGUCAGAACGCUGAAAGUAGAAAAGCAUGGACACUACAUCCUGGUUCGCCACUUUAACUACACCUCAUGGCCUGAGCAUGGCGUCCCAGAGUCCUGCAACACAUUCAUCAAGUUUGUCAAGGCAGUCAGAGCCAACAGACAUGAUAACAACACCACCAUAGCAGUUCACUGCAGGUACUGUACCGUAAUAGUUGCAUUGAAAAUAUUAGUUGAAAAUUAGUAGUGAUUAGUUGAAAUAUGUCACU